AAAGGCAAAGCAUGCGUUCACACUGUCUCACAUCACAUUCUAUUGGAAUCAGUUAAAAACUUAGAGAUGAAACUUGCCUUUGCUAUAUUGGUGUUAAUUGCAGUAGUUUGUUCUGCGCCACAGAAAAGAUUAAUUUUUGAUGCUUUUUUUGGUAUCAACCAAUUUCAAAAUUUGGAUAAUCUUCCAACAUUAGUAGACGGGUUAGUAGGUACAGUAGGUACUGAUGCAACUGAACAGGCAUGUGAAACUAAAUGUCACACACUCAUCCAAGCAGAUCAUCUCCUUCAAUUCGGAUGUCCAUUUAUUUGUAAAAAUUACCAGACUCUGAUUCACCGAUUUGGACAUGCAACAGAUGCACCUACUUCAGUUUAGAUACAGAAAAUAAAUCUACAAAAUUACAAUA